AUGGGUUAUUUCCUCUUCCAUUUCUACAUUUGGUCGGACUCUGGUCCUGUUCAAAUACCAAAAGGAGAAAUAAUUAGUAAACGUUGGCGGAUCAUAAAAAAGUUGGGUGAAGGUGGUUGUGGAGCAGUAUAUAAAGUAGAGAAUAUUCACACAAAACAAGAAGCAGCAUUAAAGGCGGAGUCAAACUUUGUGUCCGGCGGAAGUGUACUAAAGUUAGAAGUACAGAUUCUUCAACGACUCCUCAACAGACCAUACGUCGCUCAGCUUUUACACUCGGGUAAACGAGAAACGUACUGCUACGUCGUGAUGACGCUGUUGGGAGAAAGCCUCCGACAUAUCACAAAGUUAGUGAAAAUCGCGGUCGUUUCUUCUCAAGUGAGGAUCGGUAUCAACAUCCUAUUCGGGCUAAAACAGAUUCACGAUAUUGGCUUCAUACAUCGGGAUAUCAAACCUGCUAAUAUGGCAGUAGGGAAAUUCGGCACACCUGAAUAUAGGUUCAUCCAUAUUUUGGACUUCGGGCUAGCCAGGGAGUUUGUGGUUAUGAGCUCAGGCGGAAAACUCAAAAUGAGAAGGCCACGUGCACGAGCUCUGUUCAGGGGCACUACUAGAUACUGUUCGAUCGGCACACAUGAGAAAUCUGAGCAGGGAAGAAUGGAUGAUCUGUGGUGUUUGCUGUACAUGCUGGCCGAGCUGCGUGGACCUCUACCUUGGACAAACCGCCGUUGUGGUUGUAUUUCAUAUUGUACCUCACCGUCAAAAAGAAUAGAUGAAUGGUUACGCAGCGAUCAACUUAGGGGUCCUUCUAAAAAUUUCUACUCAUUUCGCCUUUCUGCAACCACCACUUCGUUUGAAUGGUUCAGGUGUGGGUUCGUCUGCUGCUUGAGAAUACAUCAUCUUCAGUCCUUAAUGAGAUGGUGA